AAGCGCGCCCCUCCUGGCCCCGCCCCGAAAAGGUCUCUGCCCCGCGGAGUUUGCAGUGUGGUUCUUAUGGCGUUGCUCUUGCAAAAGCCGGCUUUUUGGGCCAACCUCCAUCUGUGCAGUGGCCUUUGGGACUGGAACAUGAGGCAGGAGCUGGGCUUGAGCACUAUCUGCGAGGAGCUGCCCCACGCUCCCGCGGACAUCACCAGCGCUGGUGGCCUGAUGUGGCCCUCGGAACGGCUGGCGACGGGCAGCCUGACACGGGUCCUGCACCCUCCCGCCCCUGAGUCUGACCCACAGCCCCACCCGUGGAUGUGGGUGAACCCAAACCUGGCCUGCUGCAUCCCUGGGCAUGUCUCGGUGGUGGUGCCACUGCCUUCAUCUUGUCCAGCCACUAGAGAGUUCCAGGUCCCCCAGGAAGAUGAUACCUCCCAGCUUUCUCAGAAGACGAGGGGCACCCGUCGGUCUACCUGGGCACCCUGGAAAGCAAAGGUCCUCCGAUCCCAUGCCAGGAAGCUGAAGAGGACCCUAGGGGACUGGCCCCGCCCACCUCUUAAUUACUGCAUCCUCAUCAGCCUUGCCCUGAGCAGCAGCGUGAGCAGCAGCCUGACAGUGCAAGAGAUCUACCAGUUCAUAAGGAAGCACUUCCCCUUCUUCCGCACAGCUCCAGAAGGCUGGAAAAACACCAUCCGGCACAACUUGUGCUUCAGCAGCAGCUUUGAGAAGACGGCCGCCUUCGUGUGCCUUGAUGGGAACCGCAAGUCCCGCAUGUGGAAGUUGACCACAGAGGGAUGGCGCAAGUUUCGGGCGGAAACGCAAGAGCUGCCAGAGGACUUGGUGAGGCUGAUGCGUCAGAGCAUGGACAAGCCAGAACUGAUGAGGUCUCUCUUUGGCCUCGGAUCCUCACUAAACCUGGACGGCAUGGAGGAAACCCCACUGCAGCCGAGUGUGCAUUCUCCAGUAUGUAUAAAAGAAUCUGCUACUUGUUGAAAGGAACAGCUGUGCUAAGAGAGCCAGGCUUGUGGCUUCCUUCUGAAGAUAUUAUUUGGGGUGGAAGAAACCCGAAAUUUGCAGAUGGAGAGGCAGCUUCCUAUGAGAGUAGACCCCCUCCAAAAACAAACAAACACCUGUACAGUGUUUUUCCCUUGCAGCAGGGGAGGUGCCGUGUUUUGUGAUGGGAGUAGUCGGUUGAAAGGCACUGUGAAAGAGAAUGCAUAAACCUGAGUGCUUGAACUUAUUUAUUUAUGGAAAAUAUGGAGGAAAAAGUAUGGUAAUAAACAGUUAAAAUGUGCACAAAA